AGGUUCUCCCUGUCAGUGACUCAGCUUCUCCUCCAGCAGCAUCAGUGCUUUCCUGGGAUUGGAGUGAAUCAAAGGCUCCCACACUGCUGGAGCAUCCAGACAUUGUUUUAGGGUUACUAUUUGGCUAAGAGUGGCAUCCUCAUUGUCCCCUCUGUCAACGUUUGGGUGGAGGAGAGACUCCACAUGAAGGAAACUCAAAGAAGAAAGGACUAGGAGAGAAAAGAGGAGGACAACCCCCUCUCACGGGAGAAAACUGGAUACGGAGCAAUCGGAGGAGAGGAAGGGUGAGGAGAAGAGGCGUGGCAGAGGAGAGGGAGGCAGCGUAGAGCGGGGGGAUGCGACCCACACCCUGAGAUGCUGGCCUGGCUGAGAGAAGACGAGAUGUCGGUCCAGGACCUGCUGCACAGGCUGCAGUGUGUCAUCACUCAUAUCGAGGAGGGCUCGUCCCGCAGCGCGCAGAGGGAACACACAGCCACCAGGACCGGACCGAAGUGUCACCUGUGUGUUUCGUUGCUGUGGCCGUCGGGCUGGACGCUGGCGUCCCUGCGGCUCGGCCCCUCCUCUUGGCGUGGAUUGUUUUCGAGCAGCAGCAUGGGAUCAGUGAUGUAUGAGAUAAUGCAGCAGGAGAUCAGGCCCCUGCUGGCUGAGGACAUCAUAGAGCAGCUGCAUCUCCAGUUUGCCUCGCUCUCAGGAGGAAGAGGGACAGAUGGUGCCCCCAUCAUCAUCUUCCCAGAGUUCUCCGGCUUCAGCGAAGUGCCAGAAGACGACUUCCUCAAUGUUGUUACCUACUUGACCAGCAUACCCAGUUUGGAUGCUGCCAGUAUCGGCUUCAUCAUCAUCAUCGACCGACGGAAGGACAAAUGGAGCUCCGUGAAGGCCUCUCUAUCCAGGAUUGCUGGGGCGUUUCCAGGAAACCUGCAGCUGGUGUUGGUGCUGCGGCCAUCCAGGUUCUUCCAGAGGGCAAUAGCUGACAUUGGAAUAAAGCUGCACAAAGAUGACUUCAAAAUGAAGGUACCGAUUGUGAUGCUGAACUCCCUGUCGGACCUGCACGGUUACGUGGACAAAGGCCAGCUGACCCGGGAGCUAGGAGGAAACUUGGAGUACUGUCACAGUCAGUGGAUACACCACCGAACUGCCAUAGAAAACUUUGCCAUGACAGUGAAAACCACAGCCCAGAUGCUAGAGAAGUUCGGAACAGACCUGGCUGAGACGGAGCUGCCCAAUGACGUCCAGUGCACCAAAGACCUGCUCACCGCACACACGGACAAACACGGCCAGCUCAAGGAUGAACUGAAGCUGGCUUUAAAGCAGGGCACCACCUUGUUAGGGUGGAUCAAGGAACAGGCAGCCAGGUCGGAGAACCACCAACUCAACACAGACGAGAUGGAGAACCAGACCACGGUGGAGAGGUUGCUGGCCCAGCUGGAUGAGACGGAGAACGCCUUUGAACACUUCUGGUGUAAACACCAUCUGAAGCUGGAGCAGUGCCUGCAGCUACGCCACUUUGAACAGGACUUCAGAGAGGUCAAAGUGUCUCUCGACAGUUUGAUGGACAUUCUUACCAGCCUAUCAGAUAUCGGGGAUUGUGUUGCCAGAGUGGAACAUCUGCUGAAGGAACUGAAAGCACUGGAGGAGAAGGCUCUGCCCACACUGGAAAAGGCCCAGCUCCACGCGCUGCACGGGGACCAGCUGAUCCAGAGCAACCACUACGCCGUGGACUCUAUUCGACCCAAAUGUGUGGAGCUCCGGCGGGUCUGUGACGACUUCAGCAACGAGGCCAAGAAGAAGACGGACCUUUUGUCCAAAUCCCUGCAGAUUCACAUGGGCAUCGAAAAGGUUAACCAGUGGUGUGAGUCUGGCAUAUACCUGCUGGCCUCCCAGGCUGUGGAUAAGUGCCAGUCCCAGGAAGGGGCGGAGUUAGCACUGACUGACAUCCAACACUUCCUGGAGUCUGCAGAAAAGAACCAGCUGACUGAACUCAGGAACCUCCAAAACAAGUAUGAGGUGGUCCUGUCCGAUGAUAUCAAGGCCAAUGUUCUGAAGGCACUGCAGCGCCUAGAGGACGUCCAAGAGAUGUUUGAGAAGCGGCAUGUCAGCCUGAAGAGGCUGUCAGCUAAACAGACGAGACCUGUCCAGCCAGUGGCCCCACGGCCCGAGUCCUCACCUAAACGUCCCUCACCGAAGAACCCUCCAAGAACAACAGGGAAUCAGCAGCUUCUGGCUCGCAGAGCGGCUGAUAACUCACACAGUGGCAGGCAGCCGCUGGAGGCUGAUCCCAGCAAGAAGAGGAUCACUCGCAAGGCCAAAGGAGGAAUCAAGAUUGAGGUUAUGCAUGAGGAAAGCCAAGGAGGCUCCACCCAUGCCAUUGUGACCAAUGAGACCGAGGAGAGUCUAUCCAACAGACGCAGACACAUCAUGACUGAGCUCAUUGAAACAGAGAGGCUGUAUGUGGAGGAACUGCAAAGUAUCAUGGAGGGUUAUUUUGCAGCGUUGGAUAACUCAGAGCUCAUCCACCUCAUCCCCCCGUCCCUGGACAACCAAAGGGAUGUGCUGUUUGGCAACCUGCCAGAGAUUUAUGAAUUCCAUAAUAGGACAUUUGUGAGGGAGCUGGAGAACUGUGCAGACAAACCAGAGCUGGUGGGAACUUGUUUUCUGAAGAGGAAGGAAGAGCUGCAGGUGUAUGAGAAGUACUGUCAGAACAAACCCCGCUCUGAAGUCCUCUGGAGACAGUGUGGAGACAGCCUCUUUUUUCAGGAAUGCCAGAAGAAACUGGACCACAAACUGUCUCUGGAUGCCUACCUGCUGAAGCCUGUGCAGAGGAUCACCAAAUACCAACUCAUGCUCAAGGAGAUGUUAAAGUGCAGUAAGGGUGAGGGCACGGUUGAGUUGGAGGAGGCUUUAUCCACCAUGCUGGACAUCAUCAAGUCUGUCAACGACUCUAUGCACCAGAUAGCCAUCACUGGCUUUGAGGGGAACCUAAGUGAACUGGGGAAGCUGCUGAUGCAGGGAUCCUUUAAUGUGUGGACUGACCACAAGAAAGGCCACAGCAAGGUGAAGGACUUGGCCAGGUUUAAGCCAAUGCAGAGGCAUCUGUUCCUGUAUGACAAGACAAUGCUGUUCUGUAAGAAACGAGAGGAGACCACAGAUGGACAUGAGAAGACCCCAUCCUACAGCUUCAAACACUCGCUCAAGAUGAGCUCUGUGGGGAUCACAGAGAACGUCAAAGGUGACAUCAAGAAGUUUGAGGUGUGGUACAACGGCAGAGAGGAGGUUUACAUUAUCCAGGCUCCUUCCAUGGACGUGAAAAAUAUGUGGGUGUCAGAGAUUCGAAAAGUUCUUACAGGCCAGCUAGAGGCCUGCAGAGAAGCCAGCCAGCUCAACAUCUACGGGGCCCCCGUAAGGAAUGUGCGUAAGAUGGCGCUGAGACAAUCCAAUUCAUCAAGUCCAGAGUCAGGCUUCAAAAGAACCGACCCCAGCCCCAAUAUGAGGCACAAGAGAGUCGAUGCUUCAGCCGGCCAAUCAGGCCACUUGGCUGCUAACGCUAGGAAACGCUUCACCUUGCAGGGGUUUUCCAACAGGAGGUCUCUUCCAGCAGAGCCGGCCGCUAAGGAGGCAGUGGUCACCCGCCGCUUUUCUCUCGCCUCCUCUCUCACCUCCUCUUCCUCCUCCUCCUCCUCCUUCGCCACACGACGCACAAAAGGUCCCCUGUCUGCUAGCAUAAAGAGCAAGAGACAUGAGAUUAAGAGCGAUCCCACUCCAUUUGGCUAUGAAGACACUUUACGCGGUGCUAUGGCUGCAGUCAGGAAGCGUCAGAGCGGGACUGCUGGCGGCCCCCCAGCUGUCCCUAGAUCCACCUCACAACCAGGCUGGGCCCAGAAACGGCUCCCUUCCAUGGACGCAGACGACUUUGAGACGAUCCCCUCCAGUGCAGAGGAGUCCUCCAACUCGUCAGAAGAGGAAGGCAGCAAUAAAACCGGGGGCAGGGGCCGUUUCCGGGUGCAGCUGACCUAUGAGUCUCGUGAAGGCCGGGACCUUUCUCUGGAGGAUGGCCACCUGGUCCAGUUUGUGGAGGAAGUGGAGAGCGGACACUGAUACAUUCAGUGAUUUGUACAGCAGCGAUCUCUGACUGGGACGACAACAGAGCCAGUACUCAGGACAGCAGAUGAACACGGCUCAUUAGUUCAAUUCAUCACGUUGGACAACAAAUAUCUUUGUUGGAUCACAAAGAUACAUUUUCAACUGUAAUUUCCUCAACUGGAAUAUCUACUUUGAAGUUUUCAUCAGGACUACAGGCCCGCUUUUGUUUUCAGCUGUAGAGUUUGAUAACUGACACAUUGAAUCCUCUGGACCUUCAGGCAGAUUGUGAGGAGACAUACAGUGUAAGACCUUUGAUUCAAGGGAGCGCCAACUCCUUGGUCCUUGGAGCAAUAAAGACUGCAUGCACAGUGUCAUGAGUGGACAAUCAACCUUUCACCCAAUGAACUUAGAAUAUGUACUGUAGAAGAUGCAAUCCAGAUUGACAUAAUCCCUGUUCUUGGAAAGUUGUGCAGUUCCCUGAGGAAGGGAUGCAUUCCAUGUGCUGGUGGCGAGCCGGCAUUGGCAACUGGCUCGGUUUGGUUGCUGCGCUGUGCUGAAGUAGAACUCGUUGACUCUUCUGCUUACUGAGGAACCUCCUCGUUUUCUCACUGGCCUUUUUUGGCCCCACGUGGCAUAAUUACAUCAGUUUGGAAGCACAAUCAACAUGCCCGUUAUCACAACCUGUAGACUGUAAACUUUUGAGAGACACAUCUGGGUGUAUUUUAUCACUAUUCAGCUUGGAUACACCGACCAACUUCCCGCUGUGUCAGAAACAAGGCUGUUGUCUUAAAAAACCUUUAUGCAGGACAUAAAACCCCCAAAAAGAUUCAAAAGAAGUUUGUAAUGUAGUUUGUGAGUAUAGUUAUAGUGAGUUUGUACUGUAGUUUGGUUACAUUUAUUUGACAUGUCAUCACAAGCCACCCUUCUUCAUAUUACACAUAACCCUUUGACUCAUUGUUCAUUCAGAAUUUAAAGAUGGGUGCAGCUUUAAAAGAAAGAGGGUAUGUCAGGGGUGCAACAAUUUAGAAAAUCCAAUGAUGGCUAUUGCCAGCUGACAUAUUUUCCAAUCGGGAAUUAUUUGAGAAAUGAAUUACAUUGUGUUUGUCCAUUAUACAUAUACUGUGCAUAGCAGAGAGGAGAAGCUGAAUGGCUUCUUAUGGAAAUCAGGCAUUACUGUUCUUUUGAUGAAUUGGCUGGUGGCUUUUAUUGAAUCCCUGUGCAUUGUGCUAUUUCGACUCAUUUCUACAUAAUGGGAUUUUUAAUAGCAAGCUUUCUGAGAACAUGUCACACUAUUUGCAUACCAGCUGCUACGGUAUCUCCAGGCGGCACAUAUUCAGGCAUUGGGUUUCUGAUUUGUGUGCAUGUAAAUCCCUCAUGUACAAUAACUCUAUCCAAGCAAUCAGAGAACUGGAUAUGAGUAUCUCAUUUUCACCGCCUCGGACUAGCAGUGUUCAGCUGCAGACUCAUACUUAACACCAGAGGGGCUGUAGAAUCUGAGCACCGACUUGUUUUUCCAUCAGUUUUGUUGCACACCAGUAGUUUUGCAGAGAUCAGCUUCUGACCGCAUCCACUGAGCAUUGCCCCAGUAAGUCAGGUGGCUGAAAAGCAGCAGAGCAAAGUCAGGGAACUGGCUAUUUGCUGCAUGGGAUUUUUCAGCGGAGCAUUUAUUAGUAAGCCGCACUGUUUCCUGUCAUCAGCUGUGUGUGUUUCCCUUUCUCAGAGAGUAUAAUAGCGCCGUAUACUGAGGGUUCAUUCAAGGACCACAACUCCUGUGGACAAAUCUGUAAAUGGAACGUCACGUCACAGGAGCUCAUUAUAUUUAUUCUUUAACUUGUUAUGAACGGAAAGAGAAAAAAGGAUAUCAAAGGCCUGAAUAUUCACCUGUAAAGAAAAUACAUGAUGACAGAAUACAUGUCAAAGUGUAAUGCUGAGUUACUCUGUGAGAAAACUACAGUAAAUAACUGGGACCAUUCUUUUAAAAUAAGAGCUCUGAUAAGCACUUGGGAUGUAUCGACAAAGAAUAGAAGGAUGAUCGAUAUAUAGAUGGGCAUAUGAACAUGUAGAUAUUUGGGAUGUAAAUGGUUUACCAACUGUAGCAGAAGGCGGAACUCUAUUUAACGUCACAUGCAUUAAUAUUAGUCUGACUGCUGUGCAUUUUGUUCAUCCUAUCCGUGAUAAAAAAUACUGUACUUUUGUAAAUAAAUAUAUUUAUAUUUUACUACAUUCUGCUGUCAGCCUAUUACAGAAUGUAGUCUGUAUACUGUCAAAUCUGUCACUAUAAUGUACAUACCAAUGUAUUAUUAAGCAUUUACAAUAUUCAUUUUGUCACCUUCUUUUUUGUAUUUUAGACCCUGUUUCCGAACUUAACAAUGCAUGCAAAACUGAGAUUUGAUACAGAGGUGCUUGAUUUAAAAUAAAGGACCCAUUUAUUAAAGAC